AAAAUAAGCAAAUAAAAGAACUUCAAACACAGGUUAAAUACUGGUCUAAUACUGCUACUAAUUAUUUAAAAAGUUUACAACAAACCCAAGCCCGAGUAAUUAAUUUGGAGGAGGAAAUAAAGGAGAUGAAAAAAAUUGGUCCUCGUUCAGUUAGUAGGAGUUAUCAUCAGCAAAUAGUCAAAGAAUUAAACGAGCAAAUAAAGGAAUUAGCAGAACAGGAAAUAAACAAGGAAUUAGAGAAAUCAUUAAUAGAAGCCAAUCAGAAAAUAAGAGACCAACAAAAGACUAUCCAAGAUUUAGACCAUUUACUAAAAACUGGUAAAAAUAGUGAGAUUAUAAAGAAAUUAGAGGACAAAAUUAAGGAGCAAGAGAAAAUGAUUGAAAGCCUCCAAAAGCAAGCAAAAAAUAAGGACAAUAACCAAGAAAAGAAAAAAGAACCUAAACUCUACCUCUUCACCUGUGAUAUUUGUGAACAAAACAAAAGAAGUCAAUUACACCGAGAAAGAGUAAACGGAUUAGGAAUAGACCCUAACAAAAUUAAUAAAAUCUGUGAUUACUGUAUCCGAAGAUGUAAUAACGAAAUAGUUGAAAACGAAGACUAUUGCCAAAAAUGCCAAAGAGAAAACGAGUUAGAAAACAAUAACACCUUUUUUGAUUUAUCUCCUGUCUGUUUUGGCUUCUUACCAACGGAGGAAGAUUUUAGGCAAAAUAUAAUGGCUAUGG